GCGAAUCGCGCAGCCGCGCAAAAUCUCUUGUCAGUGUCAGUUGGUUCGUCGCGGCGAUUUGUCGCGUCGUUCUCAAGUGAAAAAUCAUUUCAAAAUACAACAUUUCUUUUUUCAUCGUCAUUUUGGAACACUUAUUGCGAAGGUGAAUUUACCGCUCAAUCCGGUGAUUAAACCUAACCACUUGAAUAACUGGAUUAACUGACAUUGAAUAUCUCGAAUUUUCUGGAACUUUCCGCCGCGGGGAAUAUUCUUUCGCAUUUAUUCCACAGUGAUUUCGGGUGAAUAUUUCCGAUAUAGUGACUCUUGAGAUAGCCAACGUCCAGUGAUUGUCAAUAAUUUUUCAUUUUUUAUUAAAAAAAAAUUUUUUUUGUUUCUUUACUUUUUCCCUUUUCGGGGGUUCAGGAGAAACUUGUUGAUUCAUUUAUUUGAAUUCUCGGAGGAUUAGCGGGCAUUUCAGUUUUUUGAAAAAUCUGGGCAUUUGGAGUGGCUCAAGAACAAUUUCGGUGGAAGUACUUAUUAGGAUUGUGUAAUUGAAGAGGAGAAAUAAACUGGGGGAAGGGGGCGUUUUUUUUGGUAAUCGCUCGAGUGGAGGGACUUCAAGUGGAAGAAGUAAUCAGUGGGUAAAAACUUGGAAAACGGUGUGAACGAUAGGUCAAAAACAUCCGGGAGGCUAGAACGAUAUUGUGGCUCCCUGGACAUUGGCGAGGAACGCCUACAACGGGUGGCGAUGAUGGAGUCUCUGUGCCAGAUUAAUGCCACCAAGAGCAUAAAGAACAGCACCAAGAAUUGUAUAAAAAAUGACAAUAACAACAAUAAUGCAACAAGUGGAAUUGGCGGUGGUGGCGGUGGGGGUGGUGGUGGCGGUGGUGGUGGUGGUGUGAACAACAGCAGCAAGUGUCACAGGGAUAGUUCUGAUUGUCCGAGUGAUCCACAACAGAGGUUGGCAGUUUUGAGUUUUGAACAGGUGCGAAGACUAAAUGAUGUUAUGAAUGAAGUCGUCAGUAUUCAUGGAAGAGGUAAUUUUCCAACGCUCGAGGUGAGACUGAGGGACUUGGUAACUGUUGUAAGGAGUAAAUUGGAAGAGGAUCCGAGCAAUGGUGGAGCUGGUAUGAGGGUGCGUGACAUUAGAUUGAAUGGCGGUGCUGCGUCCCAUGUACUAGCAACAGAAUCACAACCGUACAAUGAUCUUGAUCUCAUAUUUGCCGUUGAAUUGGGAAGUGGACGUAAUUAUGAUAAAAUCAAAGCUGCUGUACUUGGAUCGCUCUUUGAUCUUUUGCCGGAGGGUGUUAGCCGUAAACGCAUAACAACGUGCAGUCUCAAGGAAGCCUAUGUCAGUAAAAUGGUGAAGGUCAACAAUGAUGGGGACAGAUGGUCACUCAUAUCGUUGGGCAAUUCACGAGGCCACAGAAAUGUUGAACUCAAGUUUGUCGAUACAAUGAGACGACAGUUUGAAUUCUCAGUUGAUUCAUUUCAAAUAGUUCUUGACUCGUUACUACUCUUCUACGAGUGCAGCAAAUUGUCGAUUGGUGAAAAUUUCUACCCAACAGUUGUUGGCGAAUCUGUGUACGGUGAUUUUCAAGAGGCACUCUAUCAUUUACACAAGAAAUUGAUAUCGACGAGGCAUCCUGAGGAGAUAAGAGGUGGUGGAUUGCUGAAAUAUUGCAAUCUACUGGUUAAAAUGUACAAACCAUCCCAACCAGAUUACAUAAAGACACUCGAGAGAUACAUGUGCUCGAGAUUCUUCAUAGACUUUCCUGAUAUUAAUCAGCAACAAGCCAAGCUUGAAAAUUACCUGUGGAAUCAUUUUGUUGGACCAGAGGAGGAGGCGCUCAAGUACCAGUACCUGAUGUUGUUGCACAGUGUUGUUGAGGAGUCGACGGUGUGUUUGAUGGGUCACGAGAGACGACAGACACUUGCACUCAUAGAGAGUCUUGCCUUUCAGGUAUUGUGCCAGGAGCAACAACGACUCAAUAGCCAGCAACCACCAGCUGGCCCACCAGCUACUUACGUUUAUGCCAAUGGUUAUCCAAAUGCUGGCUUCUACUAUCCAGUCAUACCAACAGCGUGCUACACAUGCACCUGUACAUCUUGGAUGGCUUGCUCGUCGUGAUGUGAUACACUCGUCGUAACGACACCAACACUCUGUGCUGGAGACACUGCCAGUGCUUUCCUCAAUGAUAAUCAGUCCAAUUGCACUGGCGAUUGUUCAGCAACACUAACAUCAACAAUACGAUGCCGUCGACAAGUCAAUGGCCUCAGUGACGAUCUCAGUGACAGCCAUCAUCCUCUACAUCACCAUUAUCAUCAUCAUCAUAUACACCAUUACCACCACUAUUACCAUAACAAUUAUCAGAAUCAUCAAGGCAACGUCGUCAACGACGAUGACGGAGACAAAGACUACGACGACUGCCGUCGUUUACCGAUACGCAGUUGACACCACUCACUCGCACGCCAUUUUUCAACUUAUCCAUCGUACGAGCUCGACUGAAUUUCCAUUAUUAUCGUUCUUUCUUGCUCUUUUUGUUUUUCAUUCGUUUGAUUGUUCUUCUCUCGAUCCUUCAUUUUUCGUGAGAGAUUCACAGAGAGGAGGAAUUUCGUCAAGAUGAUGUUAAUGUUCUGUGCCAGGACCAUUGGCUCCGCCAAGCCUUCCCAUUUGACGCGUGUGUCGUGUGCCCUCGGACUCUUUUUUUUUUCUUUUUCUUAAUUCUCAUCUACAUCUUUUGCCUCUAUUUCGGAGGAAUCUACUCAAUUUAUGAUGCUUUCGAGACGCCGGAAUGCUUAUUGGUUUUCGAGGAGGGAUAACGUUUGGAAACUAGUGCUGUGCCUAAUUAUUGGGGAGAUUCGGGAGUGUCCAACGUAGUGAAAUAAAAUGAAAGUAAGGACAAUACAAUUUAUUAAUAUGUCGAGUAAGUGUGGGGAUGUUCGGUCGAUGUAUAUUAUCAAAGCAAUGAAAUAUCAUGGACAUCCAUUAGGAUAAAAUCUUUAUUUUUAAACAAUGAAAAUUAAUGUGGAGAGAUGAACACGUCAUUCCGUGGAGCGGUCUUUAUUAAUCUGGUUUGCUCGACUGCUCAUGCACCAAGCGGCAUAAAAUACAAGAAAAUUCGUAUGCCAAGAGACGUUUUAAUGGUUGGACCAAGAGAAGAUUUGCGCUGUUGUAUUCAGAAUUAUAUGAAAGAUGAGGUCUUUUUCUUUUCGCGCUGUAAAUUAUAAGGAGACAAAUUGAAGAAUUGAAAAAAUUAUGAAAGAAGAAAAAAAAUUAAAAAAUACGGCAUUUAUGAGAUAAUAAUGUUUUUUCCUAACUCAGUGAAGUAAAUCUUUUUCGAUGGCGAGGAAUUGCUUUACAUAAUACAUAAAUAGAAUGAUAAAUAUAUAUAUUAAUGUGUGGCUGUGAUCACAUUUCAUUUAGGGAAUCUAUGUUGUAAGACUAACUGAAGAAUGAUUUAAAAAAAAAAAUGAAAAAUCUAAAAAAUUAUUUCUGAGAAAAAUAUUAAUCAUUCACGUGCAGGGAUAUGCAUAAAAAAUCAAAUCUAUUUAGCGUGCUACUCCGACCAUGUGAUGAGUGAUAAACAGACGUGAUUCGCGUGCAUCUGAAUAGCAAACUCAAAAGAAGAAAAAAAAUACAAAAGAAUGAAAAGCCAACCAAGUCGAAAAAAUAAGUUUUUUCUGAAAAGGCAUGAUAUAUAUUCGCAAACUAAUCAUCUUCGCCUGAAGAAAAAGCUAAAGCUUUCGUCGGUGGCUGAUGACAGCCAGCACAAGUGAUAAAAAAAGAGUGCAAAUGUCGGAACAGUACCGUUCAAAUGAAACAAGGAAUCUAGAGGGAAAAAUAAUUAAUCGUAGCAAAAAAAAACAUAAUUAAUGCAUCGAUGGUGCAUGGAGGUGAAACAAUAAAUCCGGUGAGACGGCGUGCGUGUGUUAAUCAAGCUUUCCUAUAGAGACCUCCUAGUCUCCCGUAGAAACGCUUGCAUAACUUUCUUUAUUAGAUACCGUAAUUAUUUAAUACCGAGAACCAACCCAUGCGAGCACGAUACAAAUGGAUUGGUAAGAAAAUAAGAAAGAAAUAAGAACAUGCCAAGUUUAAUCCGAUAUCUCACAGAGAGAGGAGGGAAGAGGAAAAUAGAUGUGUGAUAUGGAGUUUAAAAAAAAAACACUUAUGACCACAAAAACCACGGAUAGUUGCAUGUUAAAGAGUUACAGAUACAGAGUAAGAAAAAGAAAAAAUAAUGGAAUCACGAUCUACUGGUUUCAGUUCGAUGUCGGCUUGUGACCCCGUUUGUCGACUUUUAUAGCAAAUCUAUUAAUCGUAAAAAUGGCGUACAGCCUCUCCCCUUCUCUCUAUUUAUUUUAUCAGAGAAAACAACAACUCUUCACCUUCCUUGUUUAUUUCUUUAUUAUCAACCUUUCCUCCCUCCCCAACUUCUCUUGUCACUUUUCCUUUCGCGUUCGAUCGGUGAGCGAAAGUCAAAUCCCAAUCUAAAGCCAGCAAACUGGUUUUUCAUGGUGUAUGUACUAAUGCUAAAGAGCAAGACGUGAUUUUAAAUAGUACGCGCCCAUCGCCCCUUUGUACUUAUGUGUAUUAUAGAGAUAAUGAAAUUUAUUUAAAAAUCAAGGGUCAGAGAGGCUAGUUGUACAUAGGUUGUGUAAAUUCAUCGUCAUUUUAAUGGUUAAUUACCUUGAUUUAUUCUUUUAUUCGGGGAUCUGUCUAAAGCUGCGGUUCAUUUUCAAUAAUUUUUCUUUUUUAAUUGUGUUGAGAAAUUGGCUAAUCAAUUAAUGCACUUCGUCAGUGUAUUGUUUUUCCGUCUAAGUUUCUAAGUUUCGCCUCUAACUUUAACCGAAUGUUGAGAGUGAAAAGAGAUGACACGGGGUAAUCGAAUUUAUUUAGUUUAUUUCUCUUGCUUGUUAUGUUCCGUACAUUCGGGGUAAUGUGUAGAAUUUCGUAAUAUCUUUAAAUAAUGUGCAUGUAUGUUUAGUUAUUUGAUUAAUCAACUGUGGAUGGAGAUCAAUUUGCUUUCCUAUUUUUCAUCAAAGAUCAUCAACGCGGCGAAUCCUCAACCCUCCGAUGCAUGUUAGCGAUUAAAUUCACGUGCGUAUGCAUUAAAUUGCUCCCGUACUCGUAUUAAUAACAAAAUAAUGUGAAAGCAAACGACUGCUGCUGGUUACAAAACGGAUGAUAAACUCCGUCGACCCUCAGGAAAUCAAAUCAUGACGGUUAGUUAGUUUUUGUUUUUCAAUUAAGUAAUACGCAAUUAUUUAUUCUGCGCGUACUGUCAACCAUCGGCGGGGCGAAUUGGCCAAUCACGUUUUGCAAAUUUUUUAUUGAGGAUUUGAAAAAUCACUGACCCUCCCCUCACCUGCCACACGGGAAAAUAUUCCUGGAUAAAAUUACACCGACAGUUAAUAAUUACGCAGCUCGAAAGGAAUUUUUAUUUUGGAAAAAAAACGUCAUUUUCACUAUCAUGUGCACGUGAAAGCAAAUAAAAAAACCAAUUUUGUUGGUAAGAAUUAGAAUAUUGUAGUGUAAUUUUUACCAGAAAAUUGUACUUUCAUUCUUUUGUAAAAUUAAAAUAAAAUUAGUAUUGCAAUGUUUUUUAUAUAAAUUAUGAUAUUUUUGUGGAAUUUUUACAAAAAAAAAAACGUUAUUUUCUGAAUAUAGAAAUUCCUUGAGAGUCAAUGCGUUACACAAUUACUAAACGUAUUGGUAAAUUUAACAAUAACUUUUUUCUGUACAUUUUCUUCUCAACUUCCACUUCUUAUCGUAAUAAAAAGCAAAUUCCUUUCCAAUCGCCUCUCGUUACACAAAGGACCGUACGUAUUACGAGUAGUGCGCAUGUCUAUGCCGAUAUUAAAUCAUAUCUGUAUCGAUGUAUUUGUAUACCGUACUAUAAACAAAACAGAAUUUAAUCGGGAAAAAUUGAAGUUAAGUAAAGAUUGAAUAACUGGAGAAAUCACUCGUAAUCACGCCGACAGAGUAAUGCAUAUAUUUUAUGAAAAUUAAUAAAACGUUUAAUAAAAUGAGUGAAAAAAAAAAUCGACACUAAUGAUUAUCUAUAUAUUAUGUGUAAUAUCUUACGAAUUAUGAUGUAAUACAUGGUAAUUGAUAGUACGACAGAUGUUGAUCAUGCAAAAUAUGUGAAAAAAAAAGAAAAAAAAAGAAUUCAUUAAAGUACGUAAAUGCAAAAAGAUAAAGGCAUGUACAAGACUAUCGUUUAGUGAUUAAGGAACUCUCUAUUGAAUGAAAAAUUAAAGAAAAAUUGUCAUGUAGAAUGACCAGUGAAUUCCAGAAAAAAAUCUCAUCCGUUGAGAGAAUACGAUAAUAGUACGAAAAAAAAAGAAGAAAAGUUAGAUGAAUAACUAACACAUGAGUAGUCGAUUAGAUUUGUUUGUUCCGGUGGUUCCCUCUUGCCAUACGAAACUUAGAUGCCAAAUACCAAUUGUUAAGAACUAAAAUACAAAUUGACUGAGAGGUAACAUUCAAGACUUGACAACACAGAAACCUGCUUAUUUUCUUUGUUUGAAAGUUUGAUGAAUUUAGAAAAAUUUAUAAAAUUUUGAAGGUUCGUUGCCUGCACGAGGGGGCCACGAGUGAGAACCUCGCGUUCCAAUUAGGGCUACUAAUUUUUACAUAAUUACAUGUACAUUUCUGGGCAACGCUCCGUCCGAAAGAAAAAAUCAAUAAAUCAAAAGAAUCAAAAAUGCUUUGAAUUACAGAGUGAUAAACACAGGGAACAUAGUGAGAUUAUUUAAAAUGUAUCGAGGGAGGAAAGACGUAAAACCGAGGCAUAAAUAAACGGCAGCGUCGCUCAUUAUCUGUAGUUCACGUGAGGCUCUCCUGUACUAAUACUUAAGAAACAAAUCAUGUAUUAUUUUCAAUUGUCAAUAUAUUUUCUCAUUUUUUAAUUCAACGUGAGACUGCAAUUAUUCUGUUUUCUUAUGUAGACUAUUCUUUCAAGUGUAAUUAAUAGAGAGUAAUGUGUAAAGAAUUGAAAACAUAAGAAUUUCUGUCUCUGUUUAUUUUUCGUUCUUUUUUUAUUAAUCGGUCGUUCUUCUUUUUUGUUUUUUUCUUUUUAUUUGGUUUGAAAAUGUUACAAUGGCACUAGAACUCGAUGUCGCACGCGAAUUUAUGAACUAAUAAUUCAACGAAUGAGAGGGAGAGGGGGUGAAGGCGAGCGGGAACGAGAAAAUGAAAAUACUUGACAUGUACACAACAGGGAUACACGUUUUUAACACAAAUGCAGACACAAAUGAAAAUAAACACGUGGGAAAAAAAUGAAACAAUAAGAAUAAAUAACACCGCUGCAGUGGAAGUAGUCACACGGACGUGAGAAAUACUGAAAACAAAAAAAAACUGAAAAAGAAAAAAAAAUGAAAUAUUAAAAAUUGUAAAACGAUAAUUGUUUCAUUAACAACUGAUGGUUUUAAUUGUAAUAUUAAUUAUUAUUUGUAAUAUUAAUAUUAAAUCAUAACCCGUUUGUACAUUAAGAUGAUAAAGAACAUUUUUAAAUGAAUAAAUAAACGUGGAUAAAUUAUCUGCGUAUGUACGAGAGAGAGAGAGUGUGCGAACGGAACAAGAGAGUUGAGCAUGCACGAGGAAGAGACCUGUCUAUUUUGAAAGUUUAAUAAUAAGAGGAAUGGUAAUUGAAUGCAUCUAAUGGGCGUUGAUCUGGUUAAUUUUUUUUAUUCCUCGAUGACUUGCCCAUUAAUAUAUAUUCCAAAAUGUAUAAACAAACAACAAAUCAUGUUAUAAGAAAUAUGCGUAAAAUAAAAAUAAUGUACACCCCAGAUUUCGAACCUUCUAA